GCCGUUAUCGAUAGCGACCCGGCCACCUGCACUGUAAGUACUGCGACUGCACUGGCUGCGCUGGGUUGGAACGACGCUGCCGCCGCCAGUGCUUGCUUUUGCAGUCGUAGUUGUAUGAAUUCUUUGUUUCCCGAAGCCAUUUCUUCAUGUACUCAAGCACUUUCUAUUUACUUGCCUCUAUUUCGCUUCUGCAACAAGUCCGGCCGCAACUGCCUUUGUGCGGGUCGUGCGUAUCCAUCCAUCCACUCAUUCAUCCCCGCCAUCGGGAUACUGACAAGAAUAACACAAGCGUUAUCGUUGAGUCAGGCCAAGGUUCCAUGUCCAAUCCGACAUGGCGUGCUCUUCCACGGCCGGGUUGGAGCCAGCAGCCAGCAGCCAGAUCACGCUGCUUGUUCAGCAUUCCACCCACUGCCACGGCCCGUCUGUGCCUGCUGAUUCCGCGACAAGCCACAGUGCCUGUGGGGUCGCCCAAAUGCCGACAUCGCUCACGUGAAGCACUCCCACAUGACUAAGCACGCUGUACACUCUACCUAUUGCCAGGUAUGUAGUACAUAUAGGUAUGUAUAUGCAGCAGAGGAUGCAGACUUGGGCUGCAUGUCGGCGCAUGCUUGGGGGGCGCGAAAAAAAAAGAGUUUCAUGCACCGUGGGCCAUACAAGUAGUUC